AGGCCGGUGACUAGCCUCGUGGCCCCUCGUUAUAAAACCAGAAGCGUGAAGCCCAGAGACAGUAUUCCUGUGUGACCACUCACACACACACAGACACACACACCCGGAGCCGAGCGCGCAAGGACGAGCGCAGAGAACACCACGGAACUAACGCACCAGUGAGCGCGUGUAUGGAGAGGAAUCCUGCCUCCAAAUAGUAUCGCAGAGAAGUUACAAAACGAUACUAAUACAGAUACUGAAAAGAAAAGAAAUUAUAUUUUAGCCUCUGUGAACGGCCCGUUUGUGUUGUUUAUAUAUUCUUAUUCGUUUUCUAAAUAUCCGGUCUCUCUCUGCUUUUAACGGACAAGGAAUUUAAAGACUUCAGUUGCGCACAAAAAUCUGCUUCAGUAUGAAAUUACUACUAUCAGCUGUAGUGCUUUUCUUGGUUCUGGCACAAGUAUUUUGUGAAGAAUUCGGUGCCAAAGAGGAUCCAGAUUACUGGUCGAACAACAUUCGAAUACAGGAUGAGUGGUUCCCCUCCGACCCGUUCAGAGAGAUACUGCGGAGAAUGACGAGAAAGCCCCGACCCAAUCAAUUCAUCGGACUCAUGGGCAAACGCUCCUCCGCAAACGCACAGAUCACCCGGAAAAGGCAUAAAAUCAACUCUUUUGUGGGCCUGAUGGGAAAGAGGAGUCAGGAAGAGCCAGAUUCUUAUGAGUGGAACACAAUACGGAGCUACGACAAGCGACGCUAGCGGAGCACGCGUGCAUCAGAUGUUCCUCUCGCGCCAAUCUCAUGCCCUCCACGAGCGGCCGUGCCGCUUUCACGCCGUGUUUUUUGUUCUCUCGGAUUUUUUGUAAAGAAAGAAAGUGUAGUUGGUUGACACUGUAAAGUUUAAUAAACAUUUGGGUUUCUCAUUGUG